CCUGUAUUCAGUCUCCGCAGUCUAUUUUAUAUAAAGUAUUGAUUUUUCCUUUUCUUGGAUCUCUUUCUCCAUUCAAUAACUAUCUUAUACAAAUUUUAAGCAUGACAAGUGAAGAAGAGAAUAUUGCAAUCCAAACAUUAUUAGAGGAAGGGAACAAGGCUUAUGCGAGCAAGGAUUAUGAAACAAGUACUACCAAGUUUGGAGAAGCCUGUCAACGACUCGACGUACUUCAUGGUGAAUUGGAUCCUAGGAACGGUGACGCGUACUUCCUUUAUGGACGCGCUUUAUUAGACUACGCCAUUCAACAAAAUGCUGUUCUAGGUCAAUCUGCUCAAGCGACAGCCGAAGAAGUGGAAACUCAACAACUCGAAGCCAAGGUCUCUUCAGAAAACUCCAAUCCUCGAUUCCAGAUUGAUGAAAAACCAACGUUUGUAUCCGAUGCUGGCAAUGUGGAAGACAAUGAUGACAGUGAAGAAGAAGAAGAGAAUAAUGAGAAUCAAGAAGACGAUUUCGAAACUGCAUGGGACGUCUUGGAUGUAGCUCGAGUGAUCUUUGAAAAAGGGGAAGACGAUGAAUCAAAACUAAAGUUGGCUGAUGUUCUACUAUCCUUGGGUGAUGUAUCUCUUGAAACAGAAAAAUUCAAUGAUGCUUUACCAGAUUUCAAAAAGGCUAUCGAUAUCAAACAAUCCCUCUUACAACCGGAUGAUCGACAACUGGCAGAAGCUCAUUACAAAUAUUCUUUGGCAUUGGAACUUUCCUCAGAUUCACAAGGUUUAGCACUGGAUGAACUACAAAAAACCAAAACUGUAUUGAAAAAUCGUAUUGAAACAUUGGAAAAGGGUGAUAUCAAGGAUGACAACAAGGGUAAAUCGAAAUAUACUCCUUCCGAAGCAGAACAAAAGGAAAUCACUGAAAUUCAAGACCUAAUUUCUGAUCUGGAUGAAAAGGUUGUAGAAUUAUCAAACCGACAAGAAAGUGAACGUGAAGCGGAAAAACUUUUGAAGAGCCUACUUGGUGGAAUGGCAAAUGAAACAAGUACUACAUCAGUAAACUCUUCUGCCCCUGUGCAUGAUUUGACCACACUUGUCAAACGUAAGGUCAAGGAAAUCGUAGAUAGUAAUAGUGAUAAUCCUUCUGAUUCAAAAAAACCCAAAUCUGAAUAAAAAAAAAAAUAUAUUUUUUUUUU